UAAUGAACCAUUUGUGUGAAUACUGUGUAGAAGCUUCAACAAAGCCUCAUCAACAUCACUAUCCGCGGCCUAAUAACAAAGUUUCAUGAAGAGGCUCUAUGUGGAGUAAAAAGCUCGUUCCAGUCCCACUUCAGGUAAGUUUGGGGGCUUCCGCAGAAGCCCGACACGGCGCGCUACUAAGAGGCGCGCGCACACAUCUGUAUCUAUUAAACGGCGUAGUGUCGCACAUCCCUCAGCGCCGUGCGACGACCUACAGCCGAUUCCAGUGCCAUUACUUUAGCCCCUAGUGUCUUAGAGUCACCCAGCAGGAAGAAGACAUCCAAACGGCUCCUGGCAGUGAUGUGUUUGGCGCCAAAGCCCUCUCUUCUGGCGUCCAACACUCUGACGACAGCGAGUCACCAGUACGCAGGGAAGAGUCACAGCGACACCCAACGCGCGUCCACCGAACAGCAACUAACCGUCUGGCUCCUGUUGCGCAGAAUAAGAGUUUGGUUCCCCCUGACCCCAUGUCCCAGUUCCACCUGAAGAGAGGCUCCCCUGAGGAGGAGUUUCCUGACCUGGGCCAGAAUUCUACCUGGAUGGGACAGAUCCUUACGCCGGCCAUGUACCGCCGACAGUUCAACCGCUGCACACAGAGUGGAGUCAUCUUUGAUGAUGUCAUCCGUCUGGGCCUGGAAGAGCCAGGUGAUGUCAGGCUGCUGUCAGAGGAUUACACUACGAUUAAAAUACAACUGAUUAGAGGAAGUCACAGACAUUCAGGGAACAGAAACUUGACCAUGAACAUCAGAUUUUGGUUCAUCUGGAAGGAAUGCCAGUGUUGGUCUGUAACCGCUCAAUCUGUAACGUCUGUGUAUGAAGGUCACUGGUUAGGCCCCGUGUCUGUCGGGUGUGUUGCGGGUGACGCCCAGUCCUACAUCCUUUUCUGUGACUUCUUUGACCAAGUCAUCGAGGCGUAUCACAAGCAUAAGGUCACCAGCCAGACGCCAGAGAGCGAUUUCAACUUUGACAACUUGAAGGGGGGAGAUGACUUGGACAGGUCUUAUGCUGUCCACUGUGAGGUGAGUGCUGUUCGAGGUGUUGAAGACUUCUGCUUCCCGACACACUGCAGCCGAGGAGAGCGCAGACAGCUCCUCACACUGGCCAGGAGAGCUCUGCAGUGGCUGGAGGAGGAGAUGCCAGGUCGACUCCUUUUACUGGAGGAGCUGAGUCAGGAGCAGCAGAGGGAGCUGAACCUGGACAGUCCAUCUCCCACCCAGCUCCGCAUCGGCGUGGCCCGUGACUGGCCUGACGCCAGGGCGGUCUGGGUGAGUAAAAAUGGCAGCCUAGUGAUCUGGGUCAACAUGGACGACCACCUCAAGCUGGUGUCCACAAGAAAUGAUGCCAACAUCGCAGAGGCAUUUAAAUGCAUCUGCAUCAACCUGCAGAAGCUGGAGAACUACUACAGGGAGCUCAGACACCCAUUCAUCUGGAAGCUGCAGCUGGGAUGGGUGACAAGCUCUCCAGCUCACGUGGGGACGGGUCUGAAGGUCAGCGUUCACCUCAAACUGCAACACCUUCCUAAACACAAACGCCUGCAGGACGUGUUGAAGAGACUGAGGAUCCACAUGGACAGCACAGAAUCCCCAGCCCUGUAUCACGUGAGCAACGCUACAACCUUCGGCCUGAGCGAGGUGGGACUGACUCAGCUGGUGGUGGACGGCGUCAAGCUGCUCAUCGCCAUGGAGAAGAGACUUGAGGAUGGCCGAGACAUCGAUAACCUCAUUCCUACACAGAAGUAGAUCUGGAUGAGGACUGGCUGGAGCGAGGAGGAAACGGACAAACCACAUGUUUAAGUCCAUACACGGAGAGACUGUUAAACUAGGGAGCGGUAAAGUAGGUGACGACUUCACUGAAACAUUCAGCAUCUGUUCCUCUACAAGCUCAUGUUUCUAAAUGUCUUCAUCCCGCCUCUUUAACAUUCAAAAUGAUCAUUAAUCGACUUUUAGUUAAGUUACACUGUGAUUCUAUAUCAUUUAACAUAUUUCUAAUGCUGAAAUAAUCACCCAAACAAUUUGUAACUUCACAAACUAAGUCUAACAAAGAACUCACGUCUUUAAUUUAUAUGUCAUUUACUUUUGUCUCAUUAAAUCUGAUGUACCAGAGACCAUCCAUCACAAAAACCUGGUCUUGGAGCUCGCUGUGCAUCAGGCCUCGUUUCUGACGUGUGUCAUCGUGAACAGUAGAAACAUUAAGUACGAGUAUAGAACCGACAUCAUACUGGCACACUAGGACCCAGGUUCAAGUCCCCAAGCCCGAGUCCUCUUCAAGAGAAAAGAAGCCUUAGUUUCCAGGUGACGAUACAGAAUUAAAUGAAAAUGAACUAUACAGGAAAAAGUCAUUACACAUAAUCCAAAACGCAGCGGCUCCAUCUGUGAUCACAAAAUGACUCGUGCUGAAAAUCUUUAAUUUCUGUCAUUUUUAUUUAAAAUGUAUCUGUGGCUGGACUUCUGCUACUUUCCUGUUGGUGGUGAGUCUGACAAUCAAUCACCUGGUAAUAAUUUUCAAGUAAGAAGCUCAGGUUUAGUUUCCCACGAAGGCAGCGUCCUGCACAUACUUUACCCUCUCUCAUCCUCGUCAGUCAGAACAUAAGAUUCAUAGUUUGUCACCUUCCUGGUUCUUAGUGCUACCACAUACAGUACAAAGUAUUGUCUGGUUUCAGUAACGAUGGAGAAGCACUGCACAGUGAACCUCAGGAGCUCGACACCGUACAGACAAGUAGUGAAACCGGUGAGUGGUUCUGUUGAUGUACAGCCAACAAUGUGGGGAAAUAAUUCAAAAUAUAGGGAAUGAUCUGCUCUUCUCCUCUGAAACAAGUAACUGCAUCAUCAGUACAUUCAGGAGGCAGCGAAGGCGGAACAGACACACAACUGAGUUUAUACCAGGAAACAGCAACAAACAGCCAUGAAGCAGAGGUUUGGUGAUAUUUGACAUUUUGCUUAUCAUCCCAGGUGCAGACUCAAACCGACAGUGAACGUCUCCCACCACCACGUCCUGUGUGUACCACAGUCCGACCCCCCCUCCCCUCCCUUGGGGCCACAGAGCUCCACUGGGUCCAGAAACCAGUAAACCCACCAGUGACCACACUGCUGUACUGGUCACCAUGAACACACACUCUGGAGUUACUCCGGAGUAAAGCUGAAUUUAAACUGACAGGGGAACAUAUGCUUCUGUCAGUCAGAGACGGCUGCAUAGCUGUUGCAUUUAUAUUUGUGCAAACGUUAACAUUCUGACGGGGGCUGCUCACACAUCAGAGUACAAAAAGGAAAACAAAGAAGAAGAAGAAGAAGUCAGGAAGCAGAAAAGAGAGACUGAAACAGGUUCAAAGUUGUUCUAAUAAGGCAAAGAGGGGGUGGUUCUGGGACGCCACAACACACUGUUGAGCCUUCGGUGUCGUGGGUCCAACUCAACCAAACACCAGUUAGUGAGAGGGCGCGCGGCUGACGACCCCGUAGACCUGCCUUCAGUCCUACACCCACAUGUUGGUGAUGAUACAGCUACAGACUGUCAACAGUCUUCUGUUAGACAGCCUUGGUAGAGCAGUGCCAGUGGUUGGACAGCUGAGUGGACCUGGCUCUCACAGGGUGACCGCCACUACACGCCAGCUGGACCUGGACUGUAAAGAUUUAUGAUGGCCUGGGCCGACACCCCCUCUCUGGGGCCAAACAAUGGGUAAACAUCAUUUAAUGCGUACAAUGAACUUCCAAAUCGGUGCUCUCCCAUUCUUUGGCACAUUUAACCAUCUACUAUUGACUGACUGUUCAUCCUAGAGCUGAAAUUAUGCCCCGUUAAAUAUUUUUCAGGUAAGAAAGUAACCACUUCGAUUUGAGAAUAGGUUCUAGCCAAGAAAUGCCAAUUCGCUCUGAUGUUUUCAGAGAUGGGAGUAGCCGCUAGCAGACCAAUAGCAGUCUCAGCAGAGCAGAGUCAGAUCAACCAAUCCAAAUGUCUGUAACCUACGUUUACCCACAAACCCCUUCACUGCGUAGGUACGACUCGACACUGAUGUGUAGUUGCAGACAAGUCUAAAUAACCUGUAAUACUCACUGGAGACCAAAUGCGGAUUCAUCUGCUGAUGAAAAUAGCCCCCGACAAAUGUUUGUUUGGUAAAAACUACAGUGAGGAGCUGUUUGAGGAAGCUACUGAGAUUAUUUAUAAAAUUAAUAAAUGAGAUGUUUCUAAAGAUUUAGGUUCUUAGUAGGAACCAAUGUGCUUGAAGCUGAGGGCCACAGACUGGGGAAGUCAGGAUGUGAUGGACUGACGCAUGUUGGUUAAAGUCUGCACGUGGCAUCUGUUGAGGAUGAGACAAACAUAAAAACACCAGGCUGAGCCUUUAAGUUUCAACAGGGGACAUGUGAACAGAAACAACUUGCUGGUGUGGUUCUGGUUUUAUGCUCCGCGCCACAUAAACAUGAACAUUUAAAAAAAAUCUGAAUUGACCUCACUGCUAAAAACCUUAAAAUGACAAACUAAUGAAGAAUGGAGACAGUGUGGACCGAAUAAAGACACUGACCACAAACUGGGACUAAUCGGUACCUGCACAGACUCACCUGGACAGGCGUCAGUUUAAACAGUGAGAAUAACGACAACGCAGCAAAAGUGAUAAACAUUCGUUAUGUCAGCUCUAUAUGUAGAAACUGAUUUACAGUUUGUGUCUGAACUACAAGAAAAGACAGCUGAGCACUGACAGUGUUACCGCGUAUUAUUGCAGCAGCAUCAGCCGGUAGGGGAGUAAAAUGGCUUGGUGCUUCAGGAGGUCAGAGGUCACAUCUCAUUUCCUGUGAUACAACCAGCAGUGAGGAUGCUGUCAAACUUCACGUCUCAUGACCUUCUGUCACCAGCUCCACUCACAGCAUCAAAACUAAAGCAGGGAAUAAAGGUGGAAAUCUGCAAACAUCGAUAUCAGUCAGAAAAACACAGCACUUCACGAAACUCGUCCAAACUCACGGCGGCUCGAUCAGAUCAGGCAAAAGGAGCAAACAAGUCACUUUGCUAUCAAGUGAAACAGCAGCUGGGGGACUCUCAGUUAAACCCGAGCUAACAUCUGUUAGCUUGCUACAGUUAAAGUGUGACCUGAGGUGGCAGGUCACUUGGGGCAAUUUAUCACCUGGUAAGGAUGUUACACUCGAAGCGGACGACUCGACAGUGUCGACCUUACACACCAGGAGUAUCUUUCAUGGCAUAAUCAGAAGUUGAGCCACAGGCAGAGCAAAGGUGACUUGUCCCUGCCCGUUGAUGUGCACCCCAGAAACCAGACUAUUGCUCACAAACAGGU